UUAUUUGAAGGCUGAUGUGCAAGAUGAGAUUUUCGGCAACUUGGUUAUUCUAUUCCGGAAUGACAAUGGAUAUAUACGGAAUGCAGCUAGAGAAAGCCUUCUGCGAAUAAAUGUUCGUAUAUAUUAAAAUGGAAAAUAAGAACGCCUACUCUAUAUUCAUUCUUUCUAACAUCACACUCUCCAUCUAACUUUCUGUCUUUUGCCUGUGUUUUGUGUGCAAUUGGUUUUCAUUAUAGUUGAUGCAACUUUGCAUUAGUUUGGAAUUUGUGACUCAGAAUACUUGGUUCUAUCUUUGGAAAUAGUACCAGUGAGAUAUGUUGCCAAUGAUAUCUUAUUUGCCUGUCCAAGUGCUUUCUUGUGAGCUGGUUCUUAUGACGUGUGAAGCCAACUCAUCCUUUCACCUUUGUUUUUGAGGCUGCAGGUUGAUCCAUUAACCAUAGUCAGGUUAUUUGAAGCUAUUCUCAACCAGGAUCAGAAGCACACUACUUUGAAAAGAACAAAGAGAAAGAAACAUCUGAGUGAUAACACUUUUGGGCUGUCUCGAGAUUUAUUUGACACCAUUGAAUCAUUUCUUUCUUUGCUUGGCUCUCUUCUUGAUAUUUUGUUGUUAAAGAAAAAUAUCAGUGAAAGGAGUUCUCUGUGGCGACCACUUUUCAUGGUUUUAGAGAAACUAUUUUCUGAUUAUUGGCUUCAGAGUGUAAUUGGUCUGAGUGAAAAAGAAAAUACUGACGUCACUGAACUUUCAGAGAGUAUCUUGGGCGCUCUAUGUCAUGCCCAACAGACGACAUUAGUAAUCCUCAAGGAUAUUUUUGAAUCACUCACAAUGAAUCCUCAUUUAAAGGAUGACACAUGUUUGAAAAAUAACAUCGAGCUUAUAAUCAGUUGUGCUCGUUCUGCCAAAGAUGACAUCACUCGGAAUCAUGUAUUCAUGUUGUUGUCCUCUGUUGCAAGGGUUUCCCCUGAAUGGCUUUUGGAGCAGAUUAUUGAUAUAUUUAGCUUAAUUGGAGAAUCUUCUAUAAAACAGGGUGAUGGCCAUUCACAAGCUGUGCUGGAGGAGUUGAUAGCAACACUUGUUCCUUGUUGGUUAUCUAAAACCAACAGCAUAGAGAAGCUGCUGGAGAUCUUUAUAGCAGCCUUGCCAGACAUAACUGAACACAGGAGGCUGACUCUCAUGGUUUACCUUUUAAGGAUUCUAGGAGAAGAAUGCAGCUUUGGUAAAUUGCUGCUUCAGAUUUUUCAUUCAUUGAUCAAACGGAUGCAAAAUUCUUCUGAGCAUAGGAAAACUAUGAAUGAACUAUUGUCUUCUGAUUAUUUUGAGGUGGAGUGGGAGUACAUGUUUGCAUUACAAUUAUGCAGUCAGUAUUCAUGCAAAGUUUGGCUUCCAUGCCUUGUGAAUCUCUUCGAGGAAAUUAGAACAUGCACUGAAGAAGAGGAUCAAUUACCUGUGCUGUGUCUGACAAUGCAUUUUAUUCUUCACAAAUUGCAUGAUACUGAGUUGGUUUUUGAGCUUGAUUCAGGGAAGGAUGGAAACUGGCUUCAGACUACACUUGGAGCACUUAUGAAGCAGAUUGUCCUGCUCUUGCAACUUGUCCAUGUUGGAAGCAAAAGAGGAAGAGCUGCAAAAGACCUUAAGGAACUCAUGCAUGUGGUUUUAAAGAUUAUUACAAAAUGGAUGGUUCCUUCCACCUACUUCAGAGGCAUCACUCAGUUAGUGGCACAUUCAAAUGAUAAUGUGAAGAAGAAGGCACUUAGGUUACUAUGUGAAUCUGCAAGGGAGAGUGGGUUGGUACAACAGAAUCCUACAAAGGCUAAGCUUUUUAAGCAAAGACAAAAAGCUUUUUCACUUCAUGUAGAUGAGAGUUCCAGGCCUUCCUUCCAUGAGAUGUGUUUGAGACUAGUAAAGUUGAUUGAUUUAACUGAAGACAAUUUAGAAACUCCUGUAAAACUUGCAGCAAUAUCUUCACUCGAAGUUUUGGCCAAAGCGUUUCCAUCUAAUGAUAUGAUUUUCAACAGAUGUCUUGAAUGUGUUGCAAAGCACAUUAAUUCUACUGAUAUGGCCAUCUCUUCGGGCAGCCUUCGGACCACUGGUGCUCUGGUUUGUGUGAUUGGUUCAAAAGCACUAUCUCAACUUCCAAAUAUAAUGAAGAAUAUGUUUCAAAGAGUUCAUGAGGUCUCAGGUUGCCCGAUAGGAAGAUCUAGAUCAGACCGCAAAAAGAUUGCUGAACUUGCACAUUCUAAAGUUCCUAUCUUAAAUUCUGCUCUUGUCACUUUGGAGGCUGUUGUAGAAAACCUUGGUGGAUUUUUAAAUCCCUAUCUUGAGGAUGUUUUGGAUAUUAUGGUUCUUCAUUCAGAAUAUGCUCUAGACUCUGAUACAAAGACUAAAUCAAAGGCCGCGACUGUUAGAAAGCUUCUAACAGAAAAAAUACCGGUCCGGCUUAUGCUUACUCCUUUAUUAAAGAUUUAUUCCAAUGCACUUAAAUGUGGUGAAUUAAGUUUGUCAUUAGAGUUUGAAAUGCUGGCCAACAUGAUCAGUUCAAUGGAUAGGCCAUCAAUCGCUUCGUAUCAUGUGAAAAUUUUUGAGCAGUGUAUAUUAGCUCUUGAUCUUCGCCAUCAGCUUCCAGAGUCGAUUAAAGAUGUAAAUUUGGUAGAAGAAAAUGUUAUCCAUGCCAUUAUCACUCUGACAAUGAAACUCACAGAGGCCAUGUUUAGACCUCUUUUCUUUCAUAGUCUUGAAUGGGCAGACUGUCAAGUGGAAGGAAGUGAAUCGAGAAAAAUGAGAAGCAUAGACCGGUCAAUCUCUUUCUACAAGCUGGUCAAUAAACUCAUAGAACAUCACCGGUCUUUGUUUGUACCUUACUUCAAAUAUUUGUUGGAUGGAUGCACACAUUAUCUAUCUGAAGAUCCCGAUGCAGCUAAUGUUGUUUCAGCCCCAAAGAAAAAGAAGGCAAAGGUUGGGGCGGACACAAAAUCUCUGGUUGUGUUGUCUCCAAGAUUAUGGCAUUUAAGAAGCCUUAUUUUGAAGUGCUUACAUAAAUGCUUUCUAUAUGACUCAUCAGAGAAGAAGUUUCUAGAUUCUUCAAAUUUUCAGGUUCUAUUGAAACCGAUCGUUUCUCAGUUUGUGGUGGAACCACCUGGCUCUUUAGAGCCAUCUUCGGAUGCACCCAGUGUGGAGGAGGUUGACGAAUUAAUUGUUGUGUGCCUGGGUCAGAUGGCUGUUACAUCACGUUCUGAUGUGCUAUGGCAACCAUUGAACCAUGAGGUGUUGAUGCAAACAAGGAGUGAGAAAGUCCGGGCGAGGAUUUUAGGGUUGAAGGUUGUGGAUUACUUGCUUGAUCAUUUGAAAGAGGAGUAUCUGAGUCUAAUGGCGCAGACAGUACCAUUCUUGGCUGAACUUCUUGAGGAUGUUGAGGCUUCUGUUAAAUCUUUAGCCCAAGAGACUCUUAAGAAGAUGGAGACUUUGAGUGGUGAAAAUAUCAGGCAAUACUUGUAAACUUGUAACACGGUGUUAUUCAUUUCCUUAAAAUCCUUUGGCCACCAUUUGCUCCGAAGAGUUAAAGGGUCACAAUUUUGUAGUCCUUGUUGCAUUUCCUAACAUUAUCAUGUAAAACAAAUGUAUUUUAUUAUAUUAUUAUUCUUGA